AUGGCCGGGCGGCGGAGAGGCGCGGGGCGACUCUGGGCUCUGGGCGGCGCCGCGCUGGGGGCCUGCCUGGCGGGGGUCGCCACGCAGCUGGUGGAGCCCAGCACGGCUCCACCCAAGCCCAAGCCGCCCCCACUGACCAAGGAGACCGUGGUGUUCUGGGAUAUGCGCCUGUGGCACGUGGUGGGCAUCUUUUCACUCUUCGUGUUGUCUAUCAUCAUCACACUGUGCUGUGUGUUCAACUGCCGUGUACCACGGACACGGAAGGAGAUUGAGGCCCGGUAUCUGCAGCGAAAGGCGGCCAAGAUGUACACGGACAAGCUGGAGACUGUGCCUCCCCUUAAUGAACUCACAGAAAUCCCUGGAGAGGAGAAGAAGAAGAAGAAGAAGGACAGUGUGGACACGGUGGCUAUCAAGGUAGAGGAGGAAGAGAAGAACGAGGCAAAGAAGAAGAAAGGAGAGAAAUGAGGAAAGCAUCCUGGUGGUGGCAGCUGGGGCUGGCAGGCCUUGAAGCCCAAGUUCAGGCCAGGAUCCAGGCACCAGGACUCCACGUUCAUCCAUGGACCACAGAGGCUAUGGUCUGAGAAGCCAAGGCCAUGGCCGUUACGUCAUGGCCCAAAAGGUGUAGGGACAAGACUUGACGAGUGUCCACCCGGACUCUGUUCCUUCCACAUCACCGUCUGGGCACUUGUCUCAGGCCACUGUCCCUCUGCAGAUAUAGAGUGGCCUCGGACUGCUCCCCACAUCCAGACAGGCCUCUGGCCCCACCCUUUUCGCCAGGGGCAGAGGUGGCCGUGAAGGAGUCAGAGAUUGGCGGUUUCGGAUGGCAGGAUCGAACAGGUUGUGUAUGAACCCGUAAGCACGGAGGGCGGGCUGACAUGAGAGAGUCUCUGACAUAGCUAGAUAGCAGCCCUCAUAGCAAGGAAACUGCCCCAGGCUUGGCAGGAAUCUGUCCCAGGCUGCCGAAGUGGCCCCAUUAUCAGGAGGGUUCCUGACCUGGCAGAGGCUAAGCUCUGAAAACAAGACGACAGUGUGUAGAGCUGGGGCCGCUGAGGGGCUGGCAUGAGGCCGAGUCUAAGGUCUUCUGGCUCAGCGGUAGGGUUUGAAAGACAAGAGGGCUGAGGCCGGGGGCUGAGCGAGAAAGCCUGGGUCUCCCCAUGGCCUGCCGAGUACAGCAGUGUACAGUUCCUCUUCUGCCAUGUCCCCUACCGAAAGAAGCGUCUCUGCCGAGAAGACUAUUCAAACGCCAUUGAGGGGUUGGCUCUAGAGGAGACAGAUGUACGAGGCACUUCCAACAUCAAAAUGAGGAGCUCUGACCAGAGCUGGGGACGGAGACUCUGGGAAAGUUUUCCAGGAGGGAAGCCUGCUAGAAAGGUGUCCUGAAGAGAUCUGUCAACAAAGCUGGGCGCCUGCUCAGCCCCAGACAAAUAAAAC